UUCCUCGAUCUUUUAUCUGUGCUUAAUCUCAUUCUCUUCUUACUAAUUACUUCUCUUUUUCAUUUUUUUCAUUUUUUUUAAGUGUCGAGGAGAUUAAAAAAAAAAAGAUUAAAAAUGUCGAAAAACUCCGGCCCGACGAGCGCGGCGGUGGCGGUGGCGACCGGCCGGUGGUUCACGGUAUUCGCGUCGUUCCUGAUAAUGUCGGCGGCCGGCGCGACGUACAUGUUCGCGUCCUACUCGAAGGAGAUCAAGUCCACGCUCGGCUACGACCAGCAGACUCUGAACACCAUCUCCUUCUUCAAAGACCUCGGCGCCAACGUCGGCAUCCACGCCGGCAUCAUCGCCGAGUUCGUCCCCACCUGGGUCGUGCUCGCCGUCGGCGCCGCCAUGAACCUGUUCGGGUAUCUCAUGAUCUACUUGGCACUUGCCGGCAGCAUCCCCCGCCCGCGCCUCUGGCACAUGUGCCUCUACAUCUGCAUCGGGGCGAACUCGCAGUCCUUCGCCAACACCGGCGCGCUCGUCACCAGCGUCAAGAACUUCCCGCAGAGCCGCGGCAUCGUGCUCGGCCUGCUGAAGGGGUUCGUCGGCCUCAGCGGCGCCAUGUUCACGCAGAUCUACUACGCCAUCUACGGCGGCCGCGGCAACAGCAGGGCGCUCGUGCUCCUCAUCGGCUGGCUCCCCGCCGCCGUCUCCCUCGCCUUCAUCGGCACCGUUCGGGUCGUAAAGACCACCGUAUCAUCUCCUUAUUCCCCCGCCCGCCGCCGCCGCCGCGAGUUCAAGGUGUUCUGCCGCUUCCUCUACGCCUCCGCCGCCUUAGCGCUGUACCUGAUGGUCGUGAUCGUCGUGCAGAAGAAAGUCGCGUUCACGCACCCGGAGUAUGGCGCAAGCGCCGCCGCCGUCCUCGUCCUCCUCCUCCUCCCCCUCGCCAUCGUUGCGAAAGAAGAGAUCUCACUCUACAGAGAAAAAAAGAAAGAGAAACAUGCUGCUCCUCCGCCGCCGCCGGUGUCGGUGUCGAUAGCGGUCGAGGAAUCAUCGUCGUCGUCGUCAUCGACGGCACUGUCGUGCACAGGCGUGCUGUCGCCGCCGAGGCGGGGCGAGGACUACACGAUAUUCCAAGGCCUGCUGAGCGUCGACAUGCUGAUCAUCUUCGUCGCGACGAUCUGCGGGCUCGGGGGGACGCUGACGGCCACCGACAACUUCGGGCAGAUCGGGGAGUCGCUCGGCUACCCGCCGGGCAGCGUCGCGACCUUCGUCUCGCUGAUCAGCAUCUGGAACUACGCCGGCCGCGUCGCCGCCGGGUUCGCGUCGGAAAUGCUGCUCUCCAAAUACAAGCUCCCGCGGCCACUGCUGGUCGCCGCAGUCCUCGCCCUCUCCUGCGCCGGAUACCUCCUGAUCGCCUUCGGCGUGCCGCAGUCGCUCUACGCGGCGUCGGUCGUCAUCGGGUUCUGCUUCGGGGCGCAGACGCCGAUGUUCUUCGCGAUCAUAUCGGAGCUGUUCGGGCUCAAGUACUUCUCGACGCUCUUCAACUUCGGCGCGCUCGCCAGCCCGAUCGGGUCGUACGUGCUCAACGUGCAGGUGGUCGGGCGGCUGUACGACCGCGAGGCGGUGCGGCAGCGCGAAGCCAAUUCUGCGGCUGCAACAGCGGCGGCGGGGAAGGAGUUGACGUGCAUCGGAGUGGAGUGUUUCAAGACGUCGUUCGUGAUCAUCGCGGCGGUGACGCUCUUCGGCGCGGCCGCGAUGAUGGUGCUCGUGUGGAGGACUAGGGAUUUCUAUAGAGGAGACAUUUAUGCCAAGUUCAGAGAGGAGGAGGAGGAGGAGGAGAAGAAAGAGGUGGCAGCAGAGGAAGAGAAGGAAAAUCACAAAGUUGAAGCUGGGGAAUUGCGACCGUCCGAUCAGGGAUAGACGGUGUGAUAUU